AUGUCUGAUUUUCUUGAAGAGAACAAACUGAGUGACUUACCCGACGAUAUUCUCCUUCACGUUUUAUCAUUUUUGAAUACCAAACAUGUUGUUCAAACUUGUGUUUUGUCCACAAGAUGGAAAUAUCUUUGGAAACAUAUUCCAACUCUUACUUUGCAUUCUUCUAGUUUUUCCACCAUGAAGCAUUUUGCUAGAUUCUUAUCUAAGAUUUUGACUCUUCGUGAUAGCUCAACUACACUGCAUACUCUUGAUCUUGUACAUCAUGGUGAAAUUGAGUCUCGACUCCUUAAAAAUGUUUUAAAUUAUGUUUCCUCUCAUAAUACCCACCUCAAGGAAUUAGGAAUCAAUGUUCGUGCUGAUACUUGUCUCAUUUUGAGUUGUGUUUCUUCAUGUCGAGCUCUUACAUCACUUAAGCUUUCAAUGUACCCUAAAAGUUGUUACAAUUUUAGUGAAACAUUGUUUCCAAAUUCUUUGAAUUUGCCUGACUUGACCAGCUUAGAUCUAACAAAUUUUGUCUUUUGUGGUGGUCAAAAUGGUUGUGCUGCACCUUUUUUGGCUUUUAACAAGUUGAAUAGUUUGGUCAUUCAUAAGUGUACGGUUAAACAUGCAAAAAUCCUCCGCAUAUCAAGUGAGACACUUGUCAAUUUAUCUAUGCAUAAUAAUAAAUUCAACAUUGGUAUAAUUGAGUUAUCUACUCCAAAUCUUCAUACCUUUACUUUUAGCGGUAUUCCUAGCCAGAUAAUACGUGGGAGUGGCCUUUCUUCUGUUAAGCUAGUAAGUAUUGAUGCACUAAUGUAUUCAAAUGAUAGGAUACCUCCUAUGGUUCUAUUAAGCUGGCUACUAGAGUUUGCCAAUCUAAAAUCAUUCAUAGUUUCUUCAACUACUCUUCAGGUUCUCUCCUUAUUUCCUAAUUUAUUGGAGGUUAAACACCUUUUUUUGCGUAACUUGAAGUCGAUGAAAAUAAAAUUGCAUCCACAUCUAUUGGGUUUAUCCGACGUAUUGGAAGAAGUCAUGUUAAAGAAAGCUGCUGCCAAGUCGCGUAAAGAAGCUACCAAAUUACGCAAAGCAUUUAAUGCGGGUCUGAAACCACCUUUCAUACCCGAUGGAAUAGUGGACUUCUUGCUUCAAAACUCACCAUCGGCCAAAGUCGACAUCACAACAAUAUAUUAGUGCUUUUUGAAGAGUUUAUCCAACCUAAUGUAUGUUACUCUUUAUAGUUGAUGAUCGAUUUGGGAGAUUUUUUUAUCAAUUUUGUGGCCUAUAAAGAAUUACUUGUUUCAAACACAUAGCUGACCAAUGAGUGUGUUCAUUCUUUUCAAGAUGUGGGUUUGUGAAUUUUAAUGUUGAAUACACUUAAUUAGUUCAGGUCCACUUUAUCGGUUGAUUGCAUCUCAGGAAUGCUUUUUCAUGUUCUUUGAAUAUUUUCAU